AUGAAGAUCCACCAGACCCGCUCUGAGGCUUGCAGAGCAAGCAUCGAAGCCGCAUCACCACCACCACCGCUCCCUGCUGACCGUGUUAUCCGGAGAAUAAGGAAAAGCUACGCCUCAAGAAAACCUCGUCCGCAGUCCUCGCCCAUCUCUGCCAGUGACCAAUCUUCCAUGGACCCUCCAUCUCCGACGUCUCCGCCCUCCCCACCUCAGCGUCGCCCAAGAAGAAGGACCACUAGACCCGUCCGGGCAAACUCUGAGGAAGGACAGCCAUCUGGGACACCCAACAACGAAGCGAUCCCUCCGACGCCGACACCAUCCUACGCUGAUGUCCUACGCUCAAGUCCGGCAAGCACCAUACCAACACCUAGCCGCCAUGACAUCGCAGCCCCACUACCUGCUCGUCCCCCGACGGACACUAGGGAAGUCCCCCAGCCCCUAACUGGGGUUUCUCAGGUAGGCCCACUACCUAUCUCUUCCCCCCCAGGUCCACCAGCUGCUACGCAGGAAAUCCGCAAUAGGUCUACUACUUCCAACAGCCAGCAAGCUGAUACGCCCCCACCAUCAUGGGUAUCGGCAUGGAUCACUAGAUUCGACGCCGCAAUAGAUGAAGACAUCUUGGAGGGAGUCCUAGGUGACUUCAUUGCCUUGGCGCAACAAAUAUGUGAAAUCCAGCGGCUCUAUCGAGCCAACCGUAAGCGCGCCUUCGACCGCGUCGUCGGUGGCCCCUCCCGUUUCUGCCGCAUAGACGCCAAAUCCAUCGAGGACCAUUACCGAGAGAUGUAUAAAGCUACAACACCUGCUAACACUGAUCCUGUUCCUGCACGCCCGUGCACGCCUCCUGAUACCAACAACCCUUUCGAGGCCCCUUUCACCCCCCAAGAGGUAGCCCGACGCAUCUCCAAAGGCCACAAUACUGCACCUGGCCCAGAUGGACUUAGGUACCUGCACUGGAGGCGGGUCGACCCAAAAGGUCUAAUCACGGCAGCCAUCUUUAACGCUGUUCGCAGAAUAGGAUAUGUACCCAGCAGCUGGAAGAUUUCGACCACCGUGCUUAUACACAAAAAGGGCGAGGUCUCCAACAUCAGCAACUGGCGCCCGAUCUGCCUCUCUAACACGCUCGGCAAGCUCUACACCGCUUGCCUUGCCGAUAGACUGCUACGCUGGUGUAACACUAAUAACCGCCUAUCCUCCUCACAAAAAGGUUUUCUAAAUUAUCAGGGCUGCAUUGAGCACAACUUCGUGCUUCAAUCUGUUAUUCAAAAUGCCCGACGCUGCAGGAAAGACUGUUUUAUUGCUUGGUUGGACAUUGCCAAUGCGUUCGGCAAUAUUCCCCACGUGACCCUCUGGGAAUCCCUCAAGUGGCACGGCCUCCAUCAGGAUGCAAUCUGCGUACUACAACAGCUCUAUGAUGGGUCGUCCACUCAGGUACGUACCAGUAUGGGCCUCACUGAGUCCAUCCCAAUGCAAUCUGGGGUCAAGCAGGGCUGCCCCAUCAGCCCGCUGCUUUUUAUUCUUGCAGUAGAACCAGCCAUACGCCGCAUUGCGGACCUCGACAAAGGGUACUCUCUUAACGGCUACCCGACCAGUGUCUUGGCAUACGCCGACGACAUUGCUCUCAUAAGUGACACAGCAGAAGGCCUCCAAUUGCAGUUAGACGCCAUAGCGGACUGGACCAAAUGGGCGAACAUCAACUUCAACAUCGCGAAAUGUGGGACUCUCAGCAUUAGAGGUAAGGAACACACCACUAGUAAUAACUCUUUCCUUAUCAAUCAACAGACUAUCCCCGUCUUGGGCAACGACGAUGCCUACCGCCACCUUGGCGUUCCCACAGGCUUUGGUAAGCACGACACCCCCGCCGCCACCAUCAACGGGAUUCUACAGUCUUUGGUAAAGCUUCACACCUCUAAACUGGCGCCGUGGCAGAAGGUAGACGCACUGAACACCUUCAUCAUGCCCAAGCUCACCUUCUGUCUAACGGCCGGGACAACACCUAAAAGCGCGCUUACCAAAAUCGACAGGGCCACAAAACGCUAUGUCAAAAAAUGGCUUGGCCUCCCACAGCGGGCCAGCCCCGAAAUAGUGCACCUCCCCUACAUGUGUGGCGGGACCAACGUUACGCCCACGAAUCAGCUUGCUGAUAUUGCGCAGGUGUCUCAUGCGAUGCACCUCUUUUUCUCCAAGGACUCCAACAUCACAGGCAUCGCCCUAAAAGCACUCACCGAGGUCAUCAACAAGCGUAUUGGUAAGACCCCCAAUGACGAAGACCUGUGCGAAUACCUCAAUGGGUCAAUGGAUGGCGACUUCGGGCUUCCAAGCGCCGACAUUACAUCAUUAUGGACGAGGCUCAGAAUGGCCACAAGACGAUUAAAGAAACGCAUCAACAUCGCCUGGACAGUCGGACCCGGAAAUCUGCCCAACAUUUCAGCAGGUACUACGCUAAUCCGUCCAGAGGACUGCCAGAGGGUCCUCUGCGGCCUGCUAAAAGAACACUUCCUCGGAAAGCUGCUUGCCAAACCCGAUCAAGGAAAAGCAUAUAAAGUGACAUCGUUUAGCCCGGUAAGUAACCACUUCAUGAAUAAUGGAAAAUAUACACGAUUUUCAGACUGGUAUUUUAUCCAUCGGGCGAGGAUGAGUGUGGUGGCUCUCCGUGGUCAUAGACGCUUUGGUAACGACACCAAACGUUGCAGGAGAUGCGGCUAUGCCCGGGAGACCCUAGCCCACGUCCUCUGCCAUUGCCCGCCAAAUCUGCAUUUGGUCACGCAAAGACAUAACGCCAUACUCGACCGUAUAGUGGCAGCAUUCAAACCCGAAGGAGCCACUGUACUUGUCAAUCAGCGUGUACCGGGGUUCAGCGACAUCUGUCGGCCGGAUAUGGUAAUCAUCGACGAAAAAUCAAAAUCAGCCACAAUCAUCGAUGUCACGACGCCUUUUGAGAACGGACAGACCGCCUUCCAGCUUGCAAGAGAGGAAAAACUACGCAAAUAUGCUCCCUUUGCACAGCACUUCCGCCAGCAGGGCUUCGACACCCACAUUAGUGCUUUUAUAGUCGGAGCUCUCGGCGGGUAUGACCACGCCAACGAGGCAACUUUGCAACGGCUUGGCAUUAGUCGUCACUAUGCCAAACUUAUGAAAAAGCUAAUGGUUAGUGACUCUAUAAAAUGGAGCAACGACAUCUACAGAGGACACAUCGGCGAUACCCGCCAGCGUCGUACAACAUCGCUCCUCCCCAGCGACAACUAA